AGGGGUUGCGCAGUCUGCCCCCUCCCGGGACCUAUCUCCCGGUCUCAAGACAUUACUUAACUAACUCAGCGCCGACUGAACAGCACCAGUUCCUCAACCGUUACCGUCUCAGCACGACAAGAACCAUGAGGGCAGUCUUCAUAUUGUUGGCGCUUUUUGGGAGCGCGCUGUCGGCUCCCGUGUUGCCUGAAGAGGCCCCAGAGGAACAAACGGUCCAAUUGACUCCUGAGUUGAAGUUUGAAAUGAUCAGGGAUCUUCAAAAUGAAGUCUUGAAAACCGCCACGCUGAAAGCCAUCGCAGAGACCAUAAAGCUCGAGCAAAUUGCUGAAGACAAGCUGCUCGAAGCUGCCGUCGAGACCCUCGAAGAAGAACCUUCUCCUGAAAGGACGGAAAAGUUGAAAGAAGUUGAAAAACUGCUCAAAAGGGACAAAAGGGCUGUACAACUCCUCAACGGAAUACUCGGAGGAAGCAGUGGAGGUGGCGGUGCAGAAGCAGGCGCUUCAGCUGGAUCUGAUUUAGGCUCAUUACUCAAUCUUGUAGGCCCCAUCCUUGGUAGCAGCAGCGGUGGUGGUGGAGGCGGAGGUACUGGAGGUGAUGCUGGCUCAGGAUCAGGAUCGAUUCUCAAUCUGGCAGUUCCGCUCUUGUCAUCGUCAUCCGGCGGAGGUGGAGAUGGCGAGGGUGAAGAUGGUGAUGGAGCUGGUGGUUCUUCAGAUCUCUCUUCACUUCUCAGCUUAGUUGGCCCACUACUUGGGUCUAGCAGUGGUGGAGGAGGAGGUGCUGACGCCGAAGGCGGAGCAUCUGCUAGUGCAGGCUCAGAUUCUGGAUCAAUUCUUAAUCUAAUUGGCCCUCUCCUCGGAAGUAGUUCAGGAGGUGGUGCUGGAGAUUCCGAAGCCGGAGGUAGCAGCAAUCUCGGAAGCAUUCUCAGCUUGAGCACUUCAAGCAAAGGUGGUCAUGAGGCAGAAGGAGGAGUUGCUGUGGUUGCUGGUGUAGACCCACAUAUGAGUCUUCUUAGUUCACUCAAGGGUCCCAAAUUUGCACUGGUUGGUGAUAAAAUCCAACUUCUAAUGAGGGUUAAAUUUGGAAUUUUAAAUAAGAUCUUGACAACCCUCACAAACAAAAUAGCAGCAGCAUCAUUGCCAGCCGCCGAAGUACACAGUCUACAAGGCCUGCAUUAUCCUCAUUGAUAGAAGGAUAAUGGUUACUAAAAUUUCGGCAUGGGUUUUUGAAAAUAAUAUUUGUUUUGUUUUGUCACAUAAAAAUGCUCAAUUGUCAUGAUCGUCUUUUAAUUUAUACGUGUACUUAAUUCACUGCCACCACAGGGAAUAUAAGUAACAUUAAUUUAAGUUUAUUAAAUUAAAUUGUUUUGUGAUUGCAAGCUUAUUUAUUAUUUAAGAUAAGAAACAUUUUGU